GGGUCUCCGGCUCCGGGGGCCUGUGGGUCAGGGCUGACACGUCCUCUCCUCUCCCCGCAGGUCCCGGGCGAGAUGCCAGCGCCGUCCGUCGACCCCGCGCGCCCCCACGCGUGCCCGGACUGCGGCCGCGCCUUUGCGCGCCGCUCCACGCUGGCCAAGCACGCGCGCACGCACACGGGCGAGCGGCCGUUCGCGUGCACCGAGUGCGGCCGGUGCUUCUCGCAGAAAUCAGCGCUGACCAAACACGGCCGCACGCACACGGGCGAGCGGCCCUACCAGUGCCCGGAGUGCGACAAGCGCUUCUCCGCCGCCUCGAACCUGCGGCAGCACCGACGGCGCCACACGGGCGAGAAGCCGUACGCAUGCGCCGACUGCGGCCGGCGCUUCGCGCAGAGCUCCAACUACGCACAGCACCUGCGCGUGCACACGGGCGAGAAGCCGUACGCGUGCCCGGACUGCGGACGAGCCUUCGGCGGAAGUUCGUGCCUGGCGCGCCACCGGCGCACGCACACCGGCGAGCGGCCCUACCCGUGCGCGGAGUGCGGCCGCCGCUUCCGCCUCAGCUCGCACUUCAUCCGCCACCGUCGCGCACACAUGCGGCGUCGCCUCUACAUCUGCGUUGGUUGUGGCCGGGACUUUAAGCUUCCAGUCGGCGCCACGGCCGCCACCGCCACCGAGCGCUGCCCGGAAUGCGAGGGCAGCUGAGCCGCCCUGGUCCUGCCUCGGCCCGGGGAGACUGCGCUGCACCGACCUGGACGUGUGGCUCCUCCCGCGCCCCUGCACCUGGGCCCGGGAGAGGAUGGGGCCGGCCGGCCUGGCUGCUCUGGAACUCGGGGUCCCUGGGAGCCGUGUCCCACCCCCAUCACUACAGUCCCGUGGCCCGUGUUAGUGAAUAAAGUAUUGUCUUCACGAGGA